AUGUUUUUUCCCUUGCUCUUCAAUUCUGGAUUUCCCUUGAUCAGAGGUUUUAUUAAUAUUAUUUUUUUGACGUACUUUUCAAAUUUUCUUUCUUUUCAUUUUUCGUGUUGUUUGUUUUUUGUAUAUUUUUUAUUAACACUUCUUAAACUUCACGCUAUAUUUGCUGCCAUUUUUCUAUCUAUCUAUCUAUCUAUCUAUCUAUCUAUCUAUCUAUCUAUCUAUCUAUCUAUCUAUCUAUCUAUAACACGUGUUUCACCUAUCUAUCUAUCUAUCUAUAACAGGUGUUUCACCUAUCUAUCUAUCUAUCUAUCUAUCUAUCUAUCUAUCUAUUGUUCUUUCUCUCUAGCUAUCUAUCUAUCUAUCCUUAUUUCUAUGUCACUGUGUUCACAUCUAUCUUUCUAUCUAUCUAUCAUUCUUUCUGUAUCACUAUGCUCACAUCUAUCUAUCUAUCAUCCUUCUUUCUAUGUCACCGUGUUCACAUCUAUCUAUCUAUCUAUCUAUCUAUCUAUCUAUCUAUCUAUCUAUCUAUUGAUCUUUCUCUGUUACUGUGUUCACAUCUAUCUAUCUAUCUAUCUAUCUAAUCAACUAUUUAUCUAUCUAUCUAAUCAACUAUCUAUCUAUCUAUCUAUGUCUGUUCAUAAGUAUAACUAUUUAUCAAACAAUCUAUCUAUCUAUCUAUCUAUCUAUCUAUCUAUCUAA